AUGUUUUCCCGAAACCACCGAAGCCGGGUCACUGUGGCCAGGGGAUCCGCCCUGGAGAUGGAGUUCAAACGCGGCCGCUUCCGACUGAGCGUCUUCAGCGACCCGCCCGAGGACACGGAGUUGCAGAGGAAGCUGGACCAUGAGAUCCGGAUGAGGGAAGGGGCCUGCAAGCUGCUGGCAGCUUGCUCCCAGCGAGAGCAGGCACUUGAGGCCACCAAGAGCCUGCUGGUGUGCAACAGCCGCAUCCUCAGCUACAUGGGCGAGCUACAGCGGCGCAAGGAGGCGCAGGUGCUGGGGAAGACAGGCCGGCGGCCUUCUGACAGUGGACCACCAGCUGAGCGCUCCCCGUGCCGUGGACGUGUCUGUAUCUCUGACCUCAGGAUCCCACUCAUGUGGAAGGACACCGAGUAUUUCAAGAACAAAGGUGACCUGCACCGCUGGGCCGUGUUCCUGUUGCUGCAGCUUGGGGAACAGAUCCAGGACACAGAGAUGAUCUUGGUGGACAGGACCCUCACGGACAUCUCCUUUCAGAACAGUGUUCUCUUCACCGAGGCAGGGCCUGACUUUGAACUGCGGCUGGAGCUAUAUGGAGCUUGCAUGGAAGAGGAGGGUGCCCUAACUGGUGCCCCAAAGAGACUAGCCACCAAACUCAGCAGCUCCCUGGGCCGCUCCUCAGGGCGGCGUGUCCGGGCAUCGCUGGACAGUGCUGGCAGCUCAGGGGGCAGCCCCAUCCUGCUCCCCACCCCGGCUGUGGGUGGUCCUCGCUACCACCUCCUGGCUCACACUGUGCUCACCCUGGCGGCAGUGCAGGACGGGUUUCGUACACACGACCUUACUCUUGCCAGUCACGAGGAGAACCCUGCCUGGCUGCCCCUUUAUGGUAGUGUGUGCUGUCGCCUGGCAGCCCAGCCUCUCUGCAUGACUCAGCCCAGUGCAAGUGGUUCCCUCAGGGUGCAGCAAGCUGGGGAGCGGCAAUGCUGGACACGGGUCCAUGGAGUCCUGAAGGGCACAAGCAUCUUUUGCUACCGGAGACCUGAGGAUGCAGAUUCUGGCCAGGAGCCACUGCUUACUAUUGCCAUCAACAAGGAGACCCGGGUCCGGGCAGGGGAGCUGGACCAUGCCUCAGGUCGGCCCUUCAGCCUGAGUAUCAGUAACCGGUAUGGGGACAAUGAGGUGACGCACACCCUUCAGACAGAAAGCCGGGAAGCCCUGCAGAGCUGGAGGGAGGCCCUGUGGCAGCUUUUCUUUGACAUGAGCCAGUGGAAGCAGUGCUGUGAUGAGAUCAUGAGACUCGAGACUCCUGCCCCCCGGAAGCCACCCCCAGUGCUGGCCAAGCAGGGCUCCCUAUAUCAUGAAAUGGCUAUUGAGCCGCUGGAUGACAUCGCAGCGGUAACAGACAUUCUGGCCCAGCGAGAGGGUGCGAGGUUGGAGACGCCCCCACCCUGGCUAGCAAUGUUUACAGAACAGCCUGCCCUGCCUACCCCCUGCUCAGCUGCCUCAGUGGCCCCAGCUCCAGCCUGGACCCAGCCCCUGGCCUGGGGGCGACCCCGAACCUUCUCCCUGGAUGCAGUCCCUCUGGAUCACUGCCCUGCGGCCUCUCGCUCAGUUGCACCUCUUCCCCCGCGAUCCCCACGGCCCCGUGGCCUCUGCAGCAAAGGCCUACCCCGCACUUGGCUCCAGUCACCAGUGUGAGAGAAAGGUGGAUCUGGCCGGAAGAGAAACUGACCCAAGUGCAAGUGGGUGCUGCCUGCAGCACUGCCCCAGCAAGCUGCCCUGCUGGGCCUCUUCUUCCUCUGCUGGACCGGGGAAGCAGAAGACUCCCUAAGCUGUCAUUGCCAUGGUACUAAGGGACUGGCUGGGAUUCCCCAAAGGUUUCCUGGGAGAAAACUGGAAGCAACCCUACCCUACCUCCCUGCAUUAACCAGCUUUGAAAAUGACAUUUGGGGAGCCAUGGGAAAGUGCACCUCCCUGGGACUCCACACUGACCAUUAAAGUUAUUUAACAACAGCCUUCCCCUGGUUCUUGGGGA